UUGAUGAUUCCAACAACACUUCUUACACUCCUUUGAAAACUAUUUCAUAUAAGGUUGACAGAGCCAAAGGAGAUAAGGAAUAGUAAAUUGAGGAUUUCAAGAUCGAAAGGAAUUAUGGGCAUACGACUAAACACAAAUAAUCAACGCUCAAAAUAGUUAAGAAAAAAAGAAACAGCACUUGAUAUUCCAAUGCUAACCUCUGUAUUGUUGACAAGGAUAAUAAUUAUAAGAAAUGCAACGAUGCUAAUGCUAACGCCAACACCAACGCCAACGCCAACACCUAUGCUUAUACUUAUACUUAUAUAAUAAUAAUAAUAAUGAUGAUAAUAAUAAUAAUAAUUAUAAUUAUAAAUACGAGUACAAGCUUACAAAGAUUAAAGCUGCUGUAAAGCUCUACCAGAAUGCAGACACUACGAUGAAAACUGUCCAGAUGUUUGAGGAGAGAGCAGCGGAGGAAGGCCAUUCGUCACUACUAACUGAUGCACACAAAUAUGCAGAGGAGCUGAAGAUAAAGUUAUCUCUAAAGUAUCCAAAUCCAUCAUUUACUUUGACCAGAAAACCAGAAGUAGAAAUUGAAGGAACGAAAAUUAAAGAACAAUUGAAGAGAGCACUGGUAGACUAGCUACAGGAGACGAUAAACGCAGAGAAAUGGCAUGGUUGAUUUCUCUCAUCGCGUUGGAAAGAUAAAGUACUUAGUCAAGAUGCAUGUUUUGCAUGGAUGAAAGAUUGGACGACUGCACCAACUCAUACAGUUGCUGGUAUGAUGGAGCUCUAUGAACAACUAUUGACAACCAAAGUGUAUACGUCACACAAGACCAAAACCACCCAGGGAGAUGUAAGUUGUAGGUUGUGCGGUAAAGAAGCAGAGACCCUUCCACACGUUGUGUCAGGAUGUUCUACACUGGCUCAAUCAAAGAACUUGGACCGACACAAUGCUGCUCUGAAGAUAUUAUUCUUUGAGAAGUGCAAAGAUCUUAAAUUAGUGGAAAGUGUUCCCCCUUGGUACUCACCUGUGACUCCAAAACCUAUCUAUGAGUCGGAUGAUUCUAAAGCUUUCUGGGAUGUACCGGUGUAUGCUGAACACACCUACGUCAAAGCCAAUAGGGUGGAUGUACGAUUCGUGGACCAUAAGGCAAAGCAAGUCUGGGCAGUAGAAAUGAGCUGUCCCUGGAUUGAGAAUCGUGAAAAGAAAGUUGAGGAGAAGGCAACCAAGUACGGUGCACUACUCUUGGAGUUAAAACAACAACACCCUGGUUACAAGGUACAGCAAUGCAAUAUCAUAAUUGAUGCAUUGGGAGGAUGGUCAAAGAAGCUAGAGCAAACUAUGAAGAAGCUUGUUGGUGCCCGAUCAAAGUGUGUUUUGGAGAAGAUGCAGAAAGCCAUCAUCUCUUACUCGCUCCAUAUAGCACGAACAUUUAAAGCAACUGUUAUAUAAGCUU